CUUAAAUGUCAUGGAACCCAGUUACAGGGCUUUGGUAAUUCAGCCCUGUAACUGGGAGUCAUAACAUAAACAAUCCCAGGAGCACCUGGCAGAAGAAGAUAGAAUAUGCCUGGGAACUUGGGGCCGAAAGUAUAAACAAUUAUAAUUGGUUUAGUGUGUGAAAAUGGUAGUAAUGUGAUAUUGGGGGUGGGACUUGAUGAUGAUAUUUACGUGUGGUGUUACGUAGCAUCAAAAGUUAUAAAAAUAGUUGUAUGUAAACAUUGGGUCAUUCCUGACUUUUCCAAAGUCAUGUGUUCUUCAAUAAAGAUUGGAUUUGAGAGCAGCCAUCUCUGAUCUGCGUUCAGACUGAUCCUUUGAAGUGAGCAGGACAAUUAAGUCAGGAAUCCAGUUCUCACCCUCCUGCAAAUUUGCAGUGAAGUGAUAAUGAGCAGGGAAGGAGAUCAAAGCCAUGACGGAGCAAAGGGGCCUCCGCUGGGAGCUCUGCCGUUGGCAGAAGAGACAUUGCAAGCCAUAGCUUCCUCUACGGGGUACCCCAAGCCGGACGGCGUGACCCAGAGGAUUCCCAGAGGGGGAAGAGGCGUUCCGGCGGCGGCAGAAACCAGUUGGGGAUCUGGAGGAAGCAUGCCGGAGACCGUGGCCCUGCGGUUAUCCAUCCUGGAAACUCAUUUAUCCAGGCUGUCGGAUACCGUGGGGAGAAUAGUGCCAAUAUUGGAAGAGAAUCUCCAAAAAGAGCACAUCCGAUCUGGCGCCGAGAGAGAGCCAAGCAAAGGAGGCGAUUGGAGCCAGAGGGGACAGCGAGCUUCAACGCAGAGUCCCGCAGCGGCAAGGGACGAGGGAGACGAGGAAUAUUGGCAGGAGCUGGAGUUCAGAGACAGAAUGGCACGCGAAGUGGAGCGCCAGCGAGCUCUGGGAACUCUGAGGCCGCCAUCUCCAACAGAGCUCCCAACCCCCCGGAUGGGCGUCGGGGUGGAAAGACCACUGGGGCCAGGGAUCGGGUCCAGUGGAUUAGCAGACGAAGGCGGAGAGGAGCAGGAGAUCCAGGAAGAGGAGGAGGAUGUGCAGUACGACGGGGAAAGGCGAGAUGCGGGGGCUACAGCGAGGCCAGUAUGCGGAUGGGGGGAAGGGCCGACAGCGGCGGCAGGAUUUCGGGAGCCGCGCAGAAUGACCACCGGAGUGGGGCGCGGCGUGAUCCAAGGAAACCCGAUGCAACCCUUCCCCAUGCCUCCCAGACAGCAUCAACGGGCCGCUGAAUGGAUGCCAAGAAGGGAAGAUCUCAAGCUAGAAUACGGAGGGGAAUCAGCCGAACUGAACUUUUUUCUAAUUAGCAUCAGGGGAUACAUGGAAGACAAUGCACACACAUUCCCCUCCGAAGCAAGCAGGGUUCGGGCCAUCGGCAACACACUAAAGAGAGGAGCGGCCAGCUGGUAUGUGCAACUACAUGCCAGACAGGACCCAUGCCUGAGGUCAGUGCCCCGCUUCCUCGCCGCACUGGAAAACCGGUUCAGAGACCGGCUAGAGCAAUUGAGAGCUCGAGACCAGCUUAGAGGAAUAAAGCAGAGGGACAAAACGGUGCCCGAGUACGCAGAGGAAUUCCUCCACCUCGCGGAAAGGGUACCAGAGUGGUCUGAAGUGACCAAAGUGGAAUUAUUUAAAGAGGGACUACGCCCCGAGAUUUUCAGCUGGGCAGCGCACAGAGAUGACCCCGAAACGCUCCAGGGAUGGAUUCAACUAGCGGGGCGCGUCGAAUCCACCCUGGCCCAAGUAAAGCGCUUCAGAAGCAGCGGCGGCCAGCAAAGACCGGUGGCGAGAGGUCGAGGAGAAACGAGGAAGCAGGAAAGACCCGGAGGGAGGCCGGGGAUUCCCUCCAGAGGAGACGACAACAAACCUAAACCGGGAUGCUUUGUAUGUGGGAAGACGGGCCAUCGAGCAGCAGAAUGCUGGGCACGGAAGGGGGAGCCGCCAAAACCCUCAAAGCCCAAGCCAGCAACCGGGAGGCGUGCGGAGGAGGAGGUGCGAGCCCCAGAAUCUUCAGAAAAAUUGGCUUGUGAUGAAAGAAGAACCGAAGAGGAGGACGAAGAAAAGGAGGGCACCAUGUCAUGGAACCCAGUUACAGGGCUUUGGUAAUUCAGCCCUGUAACUGGGAGUCAUAACAUAAACAAUCCCAGGAGCACCUGGCAGAAGAAGAUAGAAUAUGCCUGGGAACUUGGGGCCGAAAGUAUAAACAAUUAUAAUUGGUUUAGUGUGUGAAAAUGGUAGUAAUGUGAUAUUGGGGGUGGGACUUGAUGAUGAUAUUUACGUGUGGUGUUACGUAGCAUCAAAAGUUAUAAAAAUAGUUGUAUGUAAACAUUGGGUCAUUCCUGACUUUUCCAAAGUCAUGUGUUCUUCAAUAAAGAUUGGAUUUGAGAGCAGCCAUC